CCCCUCAGCCUAAGGGAAUGCCGCUAGUCUUGGAUUGCACUGGCUUUCAAAGUUCCAGUGGCUGCUAACGAAAACAUUUGCGUGACAUUUCUGUUCGCGCCUUUCUUGUGAAAACCACAAGCAUAAUUGGUAUUGCUGCUGUAAGCUUGUUACCGUGUACGUACUUCGAUUAAUACUUUUCCAUGCUAAAAUAACCACACGCUUGAGGAGCUUGAUGUAGUUCCUGCUAAAACAGUACGAAUCGGUGGGAUCACCUGAGGCUCUGUUCUUGACACGAGUUGCAAAACUUUUUUUUUUGCGUUUUCAUCGACAUGACGAAACCUCACUGGAUACGCAGCAUAUGUAAGGAACGUAAUCAUCAUCAACAAUGAAGAAUAUGACAAGAGGAAGCCAUGAUCGCAACGAGGAAGGAAGCCAUCUUCUUGAUCGGAAUGCACCUCGUCCCGAAUAUUUUCGGCGUGGCCCGCUUUUCAUACGGCUUUCACCGAACCGCGUCAGGACAAGGUGGCCUCGUAUUGGAUAUCUGGCUUGGAGCCGAGUCUGUCACCAACGUUUGCACCGACGUGGUUAUGAUCCUACUUCUUUGGAGGGAGGAGUCGACUGCAGCGCCACCUGAUUCACGACACCCCGUGCUAAUGACGCGCCUGUUGGGCGCGUUUGUGGUGUGGAACACCCUGGCGUUGAUGUGCUGCUGCUGCGGCAACCUGGUCGGCCUACGUUACCCGCCUAAAUGGUACACACACAGAGACGUGGAAGAACUCACAAUGCGUGAGCAGAUGAAGAUUGUGAUCUUCUGGGCACCCUUGAUCAUAGGUGUUGCAUUCGCAAAGGUGCAUUACACGGGCCUGCUGUACCAGUUCUACAGAAUCUACAAAAAGACCAGCGGCAAGGCUUACGACGGAGAGGGCCUCGCGGAAAUGGCGUGCAGCGGACGAGCGUCCAGGGCGCCAACACCCUCUGUGCCCACAGCCGCCGAAGGCAGAACACCCGCCGGCCUCUCGCCGCUGCAUCCGCACGGCGUACCACUGCCAACCGCCGCCGCCGAAACCCCACUCACGGCAGUGCAAACGCCCAGCGGCCCUUCGCCGUCCUCCGUUACCCCGCAAGACGGCGGGACGGCCGUGGCCUCCGCGAUGGCGAGCUCCUCGGCGACGCCUCAGCCGCAGACGGCCGACGGUUCCGCAGCGGUGACUCCUCGGUCGAUCGUCCAAACACCGACGAAACCACGCGUGGCAGCCGAACGAGAUCUAGCCGUGACGGUCGACUCCGAAGCAAAGUGUCGACCUCCAGCCUCCGGUCGUUCGAAGAAGCAGCCUACCACUGCGGACGGUCGCAAUGCCGGCGGCAAAGCGACGGCGACAAAGAGCCCAGCCGAACGCACGCGACCGUUAUAGACAACCCAGUAAAACCUGCCCAGGCAGCGAUGCCGGUGCAGCGUCCACGGCAGCCAGCGAUAGGUGGCAGACGGCACCGACAGCGUUCGCAGACGGCACAGAUUCUUCGAGGACGCAGAAGCUUCGUAUAGACGCUAUUAACUGAUUGCUAUUAACUGAGUGCUAUUAUUGCCUUCCAUACACAAUUGAAAAGAAAUAAGAAUGUUGGUUUUGGUGUCACUUGGUGUCCAAGCAA